CCCAAUUUGGCCUAUUAAACAUCGUUCUUUUUUUCCAAGAAGAGAGAACAUUACACACAGAGAUCAUGUCUUCUUCCCACUGCAUUGCGAUAGCUCUAUUCUGCAUUGCAUUCUUGCUGGGAGGAAUAUCAGUAUCCCAUGCCCAGCUUUCCUCAACAUUUUAUGACCAAACAUGUCCAAACGUGACGAACAUCACACGUGGUGUCAUCCAGAAUGCGUUAGUGAGCGAUCCCAGAAUCGGUGCCAGCCUUAUUAGGCUUCAUUUCCAUGACUGCUUUGUCAAUGGUUGUGAUGGAUCAAUUUUACUGAACAACAGUGACACCAUAGACAGCGAAAAAGAAGCUGCCCGAAAUAAUAACUCCGUCAGGGGCUUUGGCGUUGUUGAUGAUAUAAAGGCUGCGUUGGAAAGCGCUUGUCCCCGCACAGUUUCCUGCGCUGAUAUUCUCGCCAUUGCAGCUGAAGAAUCAGUUUCAUUGGCAAAUGGUACCUCGUGGACAGUUUUACUGGGAAGAAGGGACGGCACAACAGCCAACAGUACUGGUGCUGAUAUUUCCCUUCCAAGCGCCGUCGAUACCCUUGACACUCUUAAAUCUAUCUUCUCAGCCGUGGGGCUGAACACCACCGAUCUGGUUUCCCUCUCAGGCGCUCACACGUUUGGACGCGCACAGUGUCCGACUUUCAGUGACCGAUUGUACAAUUUCAGCAACACAGGUAAUCCUGAUCCAACCCUGAACACAACCUACUUGGGAACUCUGCAAGGAAUAUGCCCCCAGAAUGGAACUGAGACUGGCUUGGCAAACCUCGACCUCACAACAGCCGAUACUUUUGAUAACAAUUACUUCUCCAAUCUUCAAGUUGGGAACGGAUUACUGCAGACCGAUCAAGAGCUGUUCUCAACGCCAGGAGCGGACACCAUUCCAAUUGUCAACAACUUUAGUAGUGACAAGGAUGCUUUCUUUGCCAGCUUCGGGGAGUCGAUGAUUAAAAUGGGGAAUAUCGGUGUGUUAACGGGGUCGCAAGGAGAAAUUAGAUUGAACUGCGCCUUAGUGAAUGCAAACUCUUCUGGAUCAGAAAGCUAUUUACAUAGCUCAAUUGAAACCAGAGAUAAUGCCGAGUACAAAUAUGCCAUAUAAAAUUACUAGCUUGUUUUAAUAAAUGGUAAUGAUCAUGAUAAAUAUGUUAACAAGACAAUACAUUAAUAAGUGUUGGGAUCGUUAUUAGCAUAUAUAUGUUGUCAUGGUCUGAUCAUGUUUUGAUCAGAUCAAGUACUCAUGGCUGGAAACAUCUUGUAUAGAAGGAUUUCAUGGUUAUGAAUAAAGAUUUGUGUUUUGGCCUUUUAA